GUCGCUCCUUCGUGGAUAUGACCACCAGGACCCAGUGGUCACCAGUAGGAUUCCAUGGGGCCAUAAUUCUGAAGCGGCACUGAUGCCAUCUCUACGGUCUGCCCAGAGCAUUCCAUUCUACUCGCUCUACGACCACGCGUUGGACUACGCCGAGCUCACGUGUGACUCCAGCCUGCUCACGUUCUUCGAAUUGGACUUUGAGCGCAAGUCGAAGAUGCACAAGCGGCGCGUCAACGCGCUGCGUGGAGUGCUCGGCGAGCUCAACCCGCACCACUACUUGCUCGUCUGCCGGCAGCUGACGUACGAGAUCGCCGAGGCGUACGGCAAGAUGCUCGACAUCAAGAUGGCGAUCGUUGAGGAGCAGCAGACAACGCCGUCGCCGCACGUCGUCAGGAAGAUCAGCCUGCUCGGCGCCGAGUGCAUUCGCAAUUUCGAAUUGUUCCUCGACUCAGUUAGGACGACGAACUGCCGGUACAGUUUGACAACGAUAAUAUUCGUCCGGUGCUGA